AUGGAUGCAGCCGAGCCCCAAGCCUGGCAGGCCUCCUCGUCGCAGUCGCCCCGUUUCGACGCCAGUCUUGAAAAUGAAGAGGACCAUGGUCCUUCCAAGACGACCUGCCAUUUUGUGACAUUACCUGCCGAGCUCCUCGACGCCAUUCUGUCCCACCUCUCGCCAAUAGAGCUCGCCCUCGUCGCCGGCACCUGUCGACACAUCCACCUCCACGCCACCGCCGACAGACAAUGGCUGCCUCGCGUCCAGGCCAACGUUCCCGGUCUCAUCAUCUCCUCACCAUACCCAUGUCGUACCUUCCGAGAGCUCUAUGGCGCACAUGACCCUCACUGGUUCCUCCCCAAGCACAAGAUCUGGUUCUGCGACCGCAACCUCAUGGGCAAGAUCAUCGUCGUCCGCUAUGAUCCUCGCCGUGGCUGCAUCGAAGGCUACCAACUGCUCGCCGUCGGCCGUCGCCCUGCGUCGUUCCAGCCUUGGCCAGCCAACAACGACGUUCUCAUUCAUGAAUUUCGGCCGCAG